AUGGCUGGGCUGCUCGCAUUUAUCACCAUGGAUCGCAUGGACGCUGGGCUUGCCGGACUGUCGCUUUCGUAUGCACUUAAUUUUACCGACCACAUAAUGACACUCGUAUGGUAUUACUCUGCCAGCGAGAUAAACUUGAACUCGGUCGAGCGAGUUAUCGAGUACUUGAAUAUUGAGCCCGAAGCGCCAUGGCCGACCGACGGGCGUAUUAGUGUCGAUAACCUGGAGCUCAAGUACGACGAAAACCAGUCACCUCCGCGUGAAAAGAUAGGCAUUGUUGGGCGCACAGGUGCUGGCAAGACCACACUGACUCUGGCCAUGUUUAGAUUUAUGGAGGCCAGCGCAGGUCGGAUCAUGGUGGAUGGAAUUGACAUAUCGCAGGUUGGUGUGGGCGACUUGCGCUCACGGCUGACCAUCAUCCCGCAAGACCCUGUUUUGUUUACAGGCACUAUCCGCAGCAACCUGGAUCCGUUUAAUGAGCACGGUGAUGACAAGCUGUGGCUGGCACUGCGUCUGACGCUUGGCCAUACAAUCACUGACUUGGACAUGGCAGUCACCGAGAAUGGAUCCAAUUUCUCGCAGGGCCAGCGGCAGCUGAUUGCGCUAGCGCGCGCUCUGGUCAAGCACACUCGCGUCAUUAUCCUGGACGAGGCCACUGCAUCUGUCGACUUUGACACAGACACCCGUAUUCAGACCACCAUCCGCAACGAAUUCGCAGACUCGACAUUGCUAUGCAUUGCCCACAGACUGCGCACGAUUGUUGAUUACGACAAGAUGCUGGUGCUUGAUCAGGGCAAAAUUAUGGAGUACGACACGCCGUACAACCUGCUGUCAAAGAGCGAGGGACUUUUCAAGCACAUGUGUCUAAAGUCUGGCGAGUACGACUACUUGUUCUCGGCGGCCAGCGCAAGCAUCACAGUGGUACUAACGAGACGAUUUUGUCGGCGUAGGUAA